AGUUUUACUUUCACUUGAUUGGACAGACCAUCUUUAAUGACAAACUACUGAAGCUUCUGAUUGGAUGCUGUUAAAUGACGUCAAAUGUAUAACACCGGAAAAGCCCGUCUCAAAGUUCGGCGCGGAAACCACGAAGUAACGGAACGAGAUGGCUGAAAACGGCUCAAAGUCUAAACUGAAACGGAAGAGGAGUUCGGUGGAGGAGCCGAAGUCUGAACUAGGUCCCCGAGGAACAGCGGAGAGGAGCGGCGCAGCUCCGCUGUCCAGAGACGGAGCAGCACAUCCUGACAGGUGUCGGCCGCCUGCAGCAGCAGCACCAUGGUGGAACAUGUUGCGGCCCCCCGCUGUGGAGAGCCUGUGGGCGUUCACACUGAUGUCUGCUCUGCCGCACCUGCAGAACCAGCUCUGGGACCCGGUUCCUGAUCUUCCCCUUCCUCCUGCUGCGAGACCUGCCACACCAAAGGUAGAGGAGCAGUGGACGUAUGAUCUCUUCAGUGAUGCUCCUCCCUUUCCAGAAGACGGCCCACUCCCCCCGGGGCUUCCGUCAGACCCGGACCCUCAGAGUGCGUCUUCUCCCCAGGAGAUUGCCCCAGUCCAGACCAGGCCUUCUGGAGAGUCGCCUGACAAAGGGCCAUCGUCUGACAGCAGACAGAGUCCUGAACAGCAAGCUGAACCUCCCAGAUCCCUCAGCAGGACUCAGAAUCCAGCUGCGUCUCCAGCAGGAGAGCCGAGGGUCGGACCACUGAGCAGACGGCUUCUAGCCGAGUCGCUGAAUGUUUCCAACCCACCGGAUUCUCCAGGUGGCGAGAAGGAGAAGGAGGAGGAGAAGGAGGUGCAGAGUGCUAGCAAACAUGAAGAAGGAGCUCUGCAGAGCUGCCCCAUGUGUCUUCAUGUGUUCCCUUCUGGGUUCACGCAGACGGAGCAGGACGGCCACCUGGCCCAGUGUCUCUCUGAGCUGAGCGUGGACAUGACCUGGUGAGGCCACAGGAAGCCGGCGGCCGUCCCGGGGCUUCCGGCAGCCAGAUGCCCCGACACACUCCAGGACCCGGUCAGCUGGCAGAGGGCGUGGUCAAGUCAUUUACUCCACUGACAGACUGAACACUCGCGUACCAGAGGGUCAGAGCUGGGGGAACGUUAGAGGGCUUUGACUUGAACUGAGAAUCUGAUGAGACUUGCCCCUCGUGGUAACGCAGCCGCUGAGUGGCUGGGUGAAGCUGUUUCUUCUUCUCUGCAUGACUUUUGGAAAGGAAACUUUGGCUGUAGACGCACCAUUCAGCUUUUUGACCCACUUACAGCUGGUUCAGGAAACAGAAUUAUCUGCUGGAAAGUCCUUCAGGACCAGCAGCGCCUGUAAAGUUCAGGAGAUGAGGCGCUUGUUCUAUUAUUGGAUAAAUUCAAACUCAUGUUCCACAUUUCAGAUCUGUAAAACUGGAGAUUUUCAACCUCAGUUUUAAACUGGAACUGAUGAUCCAUUUAAAAAAAGUAAAUAACAUAUAUACAUAUAUUUUAAAAGAUGUAAUUGUUCUUGAAUCUGUAAUUGCAGUCAUAUAAAUGUAUUUCUCCAAUUUGAUGAAACUCAGGGUGGAAUAUGUUCUUUAAAAAAAAUAAAGAAAGAAAUUGGGGUCUGCUUUCAGUGUUGGGAUGGUUUUGUCACCAUGGUAACAGCCUUUAAACCCACUCUGUACAAACUGGUGUGUUUUUGUAGCCUGUUUAUACUUUCACCUCCAUCAGAGACGGUUCAGUUGGACCUUGGAGUGGAUUUCUGCAAGAAUCGUCAUCAUUUGUCUGAAUUCUCGGUUUAAUAUGAACGUUUGAUUUAAGCCACGUUGGACGGCUUUCCAGGAUGAACGAUCAUCUGCCUCACACGGAGAACAAGUGGUCAAAGCUCAGCGCUGCUGCUGGGAACCAUUACCGAACUGGAACGUGCAGGGAAUCAAUCCAAACAACAGGAUCAAGUCCUGCCACAUGCUAGGAGGACUUCCGUGAUGCAAUCAGCCAGGCCGUGUUUUUUUUUUUUUUUUUAAACCACUCGGUGUAAUAUGAUCGAUUGAGUUUGAUUGUCCUACUUUACACUCGUGAUUGAACCGGAGUGUGUGUAACUGGAUCUGAACGGGGAGGAACCGGACUGAUUUGGAUUUGUUGUACUUGCAUUUGAACGCGAGCCGUUUGUCAAACUGAAAUGCUGUGUUGGAUACACUGAGCUCCUUUAAAUCAAGGCUAAAACCCGUUUACUUACUUUGUCAAAUGCCGUCAACCUUAUUCCUCCUCUUAUUGAUCAAAGUGCUUUUAUUUUAUAAAUGGCGACUGUAGCAUGAUUUU